AUGCUUCAAGUAAAAAAAGAGUACAAUGCUCCUUUAAAAGAUCACCAUGAAAUUUUGAAUUAUUUAUCAAAAAAAUUAGGAUAAUAAGUCAAUUAUAAAAAGAAUGAAGUUUUUGAGAAAGUAUUUAGAAGAGAAGCUAAUACUUUGAACAAUAAUUAAAUUACAUUAAGAAUUCAAAAUAACACUAAUUUGUAUAUAAAUAACUGAAUUAGAUCAUGUGAACAUUUAUUAUUGGAAAAAUAUAUGGAUACAAAUAUUGAUUUAAUACAUUAUGAAGAAAAUAUUCCUGAAGAUUGUUCCAGUUUAUUUGAGAGAGUUGGAUUCAAAUUAGUUAGAGUUGAAGAAUAUAGUGAAUAGGUCUAUAAUAUAAAAUUUAUGAAUUGUUCAAUUUGUGUAUAAGAAUAAGCAAAGACAAAAAGAUUAGUGUUAUAAUUGAGAGAUUAAUAGGAUAGAGAUGCUCAUAUCAAAAUGCUUUAAUUAUAAAAUUCUUUAGAAAGAUUACUAGGAUAAGGAGGGAUUAUUUGA